UACACGAAGAUGCAGACUGUCUUACGCUUGUCAGUAACGUCAAAGGAAGUAAUAAAUGAUGUCAGCUGAUUGAUUCACAUUGUAAGGAGUAGUGUAAAAUGGUUACCUGUGCAUUUUAAUGGAUAUGUGAAAGAUGAAAUCCUUACUUUUACUGCUGAUAAUUUUAGUCGAAGGUUCUUUUGGAUAUCGUGUAGUGUGUGUCUACACCAACUGGUCACAGUACAGGCCAGACGGCGGGAAGUUUUUGCCAGAAGAUGUGGAUGCCUCACUGUGCACACAUUUAAUAUACGUGUAUGCAAAACUGAAAGGGAAUAAGCUAGAGCCUACAGAAUGGAACGAUGAAGGGUCAUCAUGGAGUGAGGGCAUGUAUGGACGUGUCAACAACUUAAAGCAGUUAAAUCCUGAGUUGAAAACAUUACUUGGUGUAGGAGGUUGGAUGAUGGGCAGUAAGGACUUCAGUAAACUUGCAGCAGGUAGAAUAGCCAGAAAGAUAUUUGCCAAGACUACUGCAAAAUUCCUGAGAGACAGAAAUUUUGAUGGUCUGACCAUUGACUGGCAGCACCCGACAAAGAGAGGAGGCAAACCGAAAGAUAAAACUAACUUCUCAUUGCUCCUUCAGGAAAUCAGAAAAGCAUUUGAAGCCGAAAGUAGAAAAUCUGGUUUGCCUCGUUUACUUCUAACAACUGGCGUAUCGGCCAGUAGAAAUAUCAUCGAGGAAGGCUACGAAAUUGACAACAUAACUAAGUAUACUGAUUUCAUAAAUGUAAUGGCGUAUGAUUUGCAUGGUGCUUGGGAUAACUAUACUGGACAUCCAAGCCAGCUUUAUGCAAGAGAAGAAGAGUUCGGACCAUCAACAGAGAUCAAUGUGGAUGCUUCUAUGCGUUACUGGAUGUCAAAUGUUCCAGACCGGAGUAAGCUUAACCUGGGCGUUUCUACAUAUGGAAGGACUUUCACGUUGAGAAAAGCACGACAUAAUGAAUACAAUGUACCAACGACAGGCCCAGGAGUUGCCGGGGAGUUUACACAACAACCUGGCAUGCUUGCUUACUAUGAGCGUUGUUCCCAGUACGCAGAUGCACGAAGAGUUUGGGACGCGCCAAGCCAAGUUGCCUAUUGGUAUAGUGGAAAUCAGUGGAUUGCUGGCGAAGAUACAGAAAGUGUAAAAGCUAAGGUAAAUUGGAUGCGCUUUAACAAUAUUGGCGGUAUAAUGCUCUCUUCGCUAGACAUGGACGAUUUUACAGGAAUGUUUUGCACAGGGGAAAACUACCCGCUUUUAAAUACUAUCCACAAUCAACUUAUUGCACCGCUUCCUAAAACUCCCAGAUUGCGAACAAAUGAACGACCAAAGAUUAAACCGAUAGAUAUAACUAGAAAACCAUAUACCCUUCCGACCACAGAGGUCAUUCCUACGUUUCAAACGACGUAUUUUCUAUAUGAUACUACAACCUAUGAAACAACAACAGAAUUGACAACAGCAACAGCUAAAUCGAACCAUGGAAAUGAACAUUCGAAAAAAUCACUUAAACAAAUUGGAAAUAUCAUAAUAAUGGAUCGAAAAAACGUCGAAGCUACUCAAAUGAAAAACAAUCACCAACCAGGACGACAAGGGAAAACUGCCACUGACGAAUAUUUUGAAAGCUUGGCAUCGCGUAACAACCCGCUACCAAAUACUAGAAUUCGCAGUAAAAUUCAGGGUACAAAACUUGCAAAAAAUCCUCCUUCAGUUCCAUCCAAACAAAUUGAGGUCACUACGGUUUCCCAAGUACAGAAAAUGACAAAGCAAAAACCAACACCGAGUUCACUUCCAAACAUUUCAGAGCAAGAAUCAGAAUUGAGAAACUUCCUGAAAAAAGCUGCCGAUCUUCCUUCCCACCGUCUUAUUAACGGCAUAAUGAAACUUCUAGGACAAGGUGGGCAGACAAAAGAUAGGACUGUCAAAGGGAAAGAAAUCUUCCGACACGCUUCCGCAUCGAAAGCGGCAACGCCGACCAUAGCUACAGUUGCGACAACAACUGUACCACCGAUUCGAACACAUAAAAAUGAACCAGACAUGCUAAUUCCAGAUCUGAGAACAUCAGCAUUAGCGAACAAAAACAACAAACGACUCUUUACAAAUACAAGAGAAAUAAAUCAACCACUCAUUAACAUUAACAGAGAAAUUAUUUCCGGUAAUAAAAAGAAUGAUAGGUUGACUAAUGCCCAACUGAAUAGAAAUAAUGUGUUUGCUUUUGCAAGAGAGCCAGUUAAUGAAAAAGUAGGUAUAUCGACAUUGCCAAAAGUAAAAACAAGUGAAACUCAAAAGCGAAAACAGCUUGUACCUCCACCAUUUCCACUUCCUAACGGAAAGGAAGUCCGGCCAAGUAAACGUUUCCUAGACAUGAAAGAUCUUGGAUUUCUUUCACAAUAAAAAUAAAUGUUCUUUGUUCGAGAUGGUGUCUGACAUGAACAGCUGUUGUACGUUGUGAGUUCAUUUUGCUUGUAAACUGCUUUGUCAAGGUAUAAAAUAUAUUUCAUUACCAUCGACCGCCUUAUCUACUACUAUUUCAACAUGAAGCAGUGUUUUACUUUUAUCACAAAUGUUUGCAUCAAACGUCAUAGCGAUUUGUUCGAUGUGAUAUUUUAUCCAAAUCAGAACUGUAUUACAAAGAAAUAACUGUCAACAAAAUUUGACUUGAGGAUGAUAAUGAUUUGUAAAAAUUGAUUCAUGUUCUAGUUUAUUUUUUACAUGUAUAUAUUAGUGCUACUGUUAAUCUUUCAAAGGGGGUUUGAUACGCAUGUCGUUAUUGUAAAGAAUUGUAAAAGCAUUGUCAUGUAUCAUAAUAUUUAAAACUUUUUAUUUCUUAUAUAUUUUCAUGAAUUAUACUUCACAUGACCGGCGGUAGCAGUGAUCUUACCUGGUUCCAUACUAUAGAUAUUGACAUCACAUGUAUAUGACUUUUGCUAGGUUUUGUUUGUUUUGGUUUGGGUUAAACGCCGUUUUUCAACAGUAUUUCAGUGAUAUAACGGCGGGCAAUUAACCUAACCAGUGUUCCUGGAUUCUGUACCAGUACAAACCUGUUCUCCGCAAGUAACUGCCAACUUCCCACAUGAAUCAGAGGUGGAGGACCUAGAUCUACCUAGAUUUCGCACCAAAACCACAGAACCACUUCUUAGCUUGAAUAUAAUUGAUAUGAUUUUAUGUGUAAAUAAAGAUUGUAUACAAUUUUUA